AUGGACGCCCAGGAUGCUUAUUAUGUAGCUCUUGUCCUUGAUCCACGCUUCAAGACACUCUUGUUGGAUAAAGAGCUCGGGCUAGUGACAGCACCAAAAGACAACAAGCGGCAAGGCCUGGCGGCGCGCGUCCUGCAAAAACUGCAGCCACAAGUGAUCCAACCUUCAGAUAUUGACCGCUACUUCGAGGAAAGUGUGGUGACAGUUGAUGAAAAGAUGAAGAUCCUACCUGCGGAUGACAGCCGCAGCCAGGAUUAUCUUGCCAUCCCAGCCGCUGAAGUCGCAGUAGAGAAGUUGCUUAGCCGUGGUAGGGAUUUGUUAGGGGUACGUCGACAUUCUAUGAAAGGUGAGACGAUGCGGAAGGUGAUGCUGUUGAGAGAUAUAUAG